UGGUGCUUUCCUUGACAUAAACCCGCGCCAUCGUCGUCUCGUCUCAAUUUUCUGCAACAGUCUCGGAUCUGUUCUCCGCCAGAAACCCGCUGUUGGCUAUUUGAGCGAACUGCCCAGAGUAUGCCUCGAAGCAGAGACGAGCCACCUGCGGUUCGCGUGUAUACGGUUUGCGACGAAUCAAAGUAUUUGAUCGUCAAGAACGUUCCGGCAUUGGGAUGUGGUGAUGAAUUAUCGAAAUUAUUCGGAUCCUAUGGAGAUAUUGAGGAAUUCAAGCCGAUGGAUGAUGAAGAUUGUGAGCCGUUUACUGAUGUGUACUGGAUCAAAUUUUGUCAAGUCAACAAUGCUAGGUUUGCAAAGAGGAAGUUGGAUGAGUAUGUCUUCUUUGGGAAUCGAUUAAAGGUCUCAUAUGCAACUCAUUAUGAAAGCCUCUCAGACACAAAAGAGAAAUUAGAAGGCCGAAGAAAGGAAGUUCUAGCACGAUUAAACUCUGGAAGAUCCAGUGGAUCCAUUGUUAAUAAUAUGGGUCCUUCCUAUGAGCCUUUAUCAGUUACAACUUCAUCACAGACAGUUUUUGUUUCCAACCAUAGUGUAGAACUGCAACAUGUUGCUCACAAUAAAGAUUCUUCCAUGACAAGGAUUACCUCUGACAAGGAUUAUUUCCCAUCACAAUCUAUGAAUCACACGGUUCAAUUUGUCAGGGAAAAACUUAAUAAGAUACAAUCAAGUGGUGGACAUCUGGAAGCUGGGCCUUCCAAGAAACCACGAGCAGACAAUAGACGUAGAAUCUAAUGGAAAACUGUAUUCAGGAUUUCUUCGGCUGCUAUCUUUGUGAUCCCCUUUCCAUUCCUUGCUUGAUUUCUGCU